CUUCUCCUACCAAACCAAAACUAAAGUGGACGCCAUAUUAAGUGUGUGUUAGCGUGUUGUUUGUAGUGUAGUUGAGUUGUUAUUGUACCUAGAGACAAGAUGAGUUCGUAUUUAAAAGUUGCCGAAGAUGAAGGAGAAGAACCUAUAGAAUUACCGUCGGAAGAUGACGGAACUUUAUUGUUAUCGACGUUAGCCGCACAGUUUCCCGGCACUUGUGGACUCAAAUAUAGAAAUCCAGAAUCGAAAGGCAUUAGAGGAGUGCGGUUAGUAGAAGGAAGAUUGCACCCCCCUGAUGAAGGAUGGGGUCAAAAUGUUUACUACUGUGUAUUUCCCAAAGAAAAUAAAAGAAAAUCAGAUGAUCACUUAGAAAAUUCAACAGCUAAAACGAAACGUAUGGAAACAAAAGCAAAAUGUUCUGACCUUAUUAUCCUUGGCCUACCUUGGAAAACAACAGAACAACAACUCAGGGAAUAUUUUGAGUCAUUUGGAGAAGUUUUGAUGGCACAGGUCAAAAAGGAUCCAAAGACUGGGCAAUCUAAAGGAUUUGGUUUUAUUCGGUUUGCUAACCAUGAAUCACAAGUAAGAGUGAUGUCACAAAGACAUUUGAUCGAUGGCAGGUGGUGUGAUGUCAAAGUUCCUAAUUCCAAGGAAGGUGCUCAACAGCAGGUCCCUUGCAAGGUAUUUGUGGGACGAUGUACAGAAGAUAUAAGUGCUGAUGAUUUGCGUGAGUAUUUCUCCAAGUUUGGGGAAGUGACGGACGUGUUCAUACCAAAACCAUUCAGAGCAUUUGCUUUCGUCACUUUCUUGGAUCCUGAUGUUGCUCAAGCGCUGUGUGGUGAAGAUCACAUCAUCAAGCAAACUUCAGUUCAUGUAUCAGAGGCGUCCCCAAAGACAGACUUUAAUAACCGAUACAAUGCAGCGAUGCGUGGUCAGAGAGAUCAGAAGGGUUACGGGGGAGGUGGCUACGGUCCAGGUGGAAAUGGAGCCCACAUGUAUCAUCCACAACAACAUCAAGGUAACAUGCAAGGUGGUCCUGCACCAUGGGCACAGGGAGGCCCCGCUAACCGUGGUAACUUAGACAUGCCGAAUCUGCAAGCUCUUGGUAUCACUGGGCAGGGGACAGCUGGCGGGGGUGCUGGGGGGCAGAAUUUGACCAAUCCUCUUGGCAUGGGGCUCAACCUCUCUGCCUUACCGAUGAACCCAGCACUGGUUGCCGCCGCCCUAAAUCAAGCUGGGUGGGGGCUGAUCGGAAAUCUUCAGGGUAACCAAGGUACAGGCGGAGGGGAUGCAGCACCGCCUGCCCCUCAAUACCCCAACUCUGGGCAGUUUGGUGGGGGGCAGCAAGGCACAGCGCCUCCGCAACCCCCCGCCGCUGCUGGGGGCUUUCUUAAUUGGAUUAGCCCAGGAGGAAAUCAGACCAACCCAGAAACUGCCCAGAAUAACACAGGCCAGCAACAGGGUCCCUGGCAGCAAAGGGACGGUGGUAAAUCACAGAACUUCAUGAAGUAUGAAAAAUAUGAGUAAUAUGGUUGUAGUGACAGAUAUUUGUUUUAACUAUUCAUGUAUGUACGCGUGUUUUAAUGUAGGAGUGAUCUUGAUCAAUUACCUUAAAAAAUUAUCAAAGUAUAAAUUAGAUAUAUUUAGAGAAAAAAUGUUUUUGAAUCGAGAUAUUUGAAUAAAAAUAAUAAUUAUUUAUUUUUCUUUAGAUUGAAUUAUGUAAGAAUUUUAUUAUUUAUACUCUAUGGUUUUCAUAAACAAUGUAGUUUUACAUUACAAUUGAUUUGAAAGACCUUUAGUUUAUUUAAUCAGGUUUUAGUUUGAUGUUAGUCAAUGAUUAUGUAACUGAUUUCUCUAAAUCGUUUCAGGAUGGUGGAAUUAAAUGUGAUCAAUUUAUAUGGUUUGCAAGGUGUUUGAGUGAUGUGUCAUUGAAAAAAGAAGAACUUAGCAGAAAUUUUUGAAUGACAGAAGUAUUAUUUGAGUGAUAAGCUGUGAAUUGUGUCAGUUAUAUUUUUGCAGUUUAAUUGUGAACUUUAAGAAUGGUGUGAGGAUGUUUAUAUUUAUUUUAACUUUAUAACUCGAAUAUAGGGUAAUAAUUUGUUUUUAUCACAAUUAUAGGCGUUUACUUAACACUAUUUUGUUUUGUAAUCGAGUGUUCAUUGUUUCCCAAAACAAUAUUGUCACCAAAGUGUAAUGUUCAUUAAAUUUUCAUGAUUACAACUCUUUUGUUAAAAGAAAAUUAAUUAAAUCUUUUCUUCCCCUCUAGCCCAUUAAAAUGAUAAAAUAAAAUCCUUU